GAAUCCAAAAGAGGUGGAUGGAGAGGACUUACUAAAGUAGAGCUCUUAAUGGAAAAAGGAAAAUCUCCACUUUUCAGGACUUAAUGGAGCAUGCCCUGAGGCUUAUAGGACCUUUUCUUUCAACCCCAGUAACAAAAAGAUCCUCCAUUUACACAGAAAUGGAGUUGUUGGUAGAAAAAGGGUCAGUCCUGCCCAAAGGAACAAGGACUUUAUCAUCUACGCAUGCUCAACUAGACAUUGACUUGGAAGUGGCUGCAGGAGAUCCCUCCCAUUACCCUGGCUUCACAACAGUAUCAUUACUAAGUUAUUCAAACCUGGAAGAAUAUGCAGAUGGCUUCUUUAGUGCGAUGAAACCAGAUGAGAAGCAAAGUUAUAAGAUAAACUCCAAAGUGGUUACUGUCACAGUCAGUAACAGAAACACCAGGCACCUAAAAGAGCCAAUCAUUUUAACUUUGCACCACCUUGAACAGUUAAAUGAAACUUCUCACACCUGUGUGUUCUGGGAUUCUUCGGAGAAUGACGGGACAUGGUCAUCUCAUGGCUGCAGUGUUGUGGAGUCUAACUUGAAUCACACUGUUUGUUCCUGUAACUACCUGAGCAGCUUUGCUGUGCUCAUGGCCCUCUAUGAGGUUGAGAACAAGUUUGAGUUGCAGCUGAUUACCUGGGUGGGCCUAUCCCUUUCAUUAAUUUGUCUGUUCAUCUGCAUCCUGACGUUCUCAUUGAUCCGCUCCAUUCAAGGCCCAAGAACCACCAUCCACCUGCACCUUUGCAUCAGCCUCUUCAUUGCUAUCCUUAUAUUUCUUGCAGGCAUUUCUCAGACGGAGAACAGGGUUGGCUGUGCAGUGGUAGCAGGGAUGCUGCACUUUUUAUACCUGGCAGUAUUUUGCUGGAUGUGUCUGGAAGGCAUACAGCUCUUUAGGAUGGUAGUCCUGGUCUUUAACACCAACUUUAAAACCCUCUACAUGAUGGCCGGUGGCUACGGAGUCCCAGCUGUAAUUGUUGCUAUUUCUGCAUUAGUUAAUGCUAAAGGAUAUGGCACUGAGAAAUAUUGUUGGCUAAACCUGGAAUCCAUUUGGAGUUUCUUUGGCCCUGCCUGUGUCAUCAUCUUUGUGAACAUUUUUUUCUUUCUCAUCACUGUGUGGAAGUUGGCACAGAAGUUUUCAAGUUUGAAUCCAGACCUGGACAGCUUGCAGAAAAUAAAGGCGUUCACCAUUACUGCAGUGGCUCAGCUCUGCAUACUCGGCACUAUGUGGAUCUUCGGUUGUUUCCAGUUUGAGAAGGGCACUAUCGUCAUGUCUUACCUGUUCACCAUCUUUGGCAGCCUUCAGGGGGUUACGUUGUUUGUCAUGCACUGUCUGUUUUCUAAACAGGUGAGAGAGGAGUAUGAAAGAAUCCUGUCUCGAAUCAGUGCUCCUCCGAAGAAGAAAUAUUCAGAGUUCAGUUCCCACUCCAGCAAAGAAAAUGGAUCCAAAAGCACCCAGGACACAAAAGAGUCUCACAUUUGAGGAGAUGAACCAGAACUGGAGACAAAACUCUGAUUGACUAAAGACUGAUAUUUCAGAUGUGGUGUCAUCUUCUGUCCUCUCAUAGCCACUGCACCAACUUGUUGUACUACAACAUUUUGUAAAUAAUGAGCAAGUCUGUGUAUUUUAAGAUAAUGGAUUAACUAUUGGAUCUAAAAAAAAAACAUUCCACUGUUUUAUUAUGCUAACAUAUUAUGUUUAUUUUGUGUAUUCAUACUAUAUAUAAAAGUCCUGCAUAUUUUCAUAUUUUAAGAAAGCUAUUACCUUGACUCAUAUUUAAAAUGUAAAGAUGUGCUUUACUUUCUGCCAAGUUAUAAAAAAAACUUAUACAGUUAUUUUACAAAAAAAAAAAUCUGUAAAAAUAUUCAUACUUAUUUUUAAUGGAAAUGAGGAAGAUAUUGUGAGGACCUGUUGUGUCAGGUACCUUUAAUAAUAGUUAUUUUGUCCUGGUACUUGAUUUAGCCAGCAAGAACAAUCCUAUGGAUAUUUCUGCAAGCACUUUCUUUUCUCUGCAGUCUUUAAAAUGCUGAUGUAUAAAACGGAAGAAAUAUGAAUACAACUAUAAAGCACUUCUUAUUUAUGUUUUGAAUGUAUGUUGUUGUAUAUAUUGCUGGGCAUUUUUGCAGAUAUUACUAUUUUUCUGAAAAUCCUGUGUAUUGUAGGAUUUCUAAAUAUUUUUUAUAGAGUUUUUUUAAAUGAACCAAGUUCAUAUUAUUGUUUCAAAAGGGGAGUUUAAAAAGUAUUGUCAUGUGGAAUUUUAAACCUGCUGUCCUGUUAAACCUGGUUUAUCACACACUUGAAUUUUAAAUUGAUUUGUAUUUCCAAUUAAGUUUUCAUGUCUUUACUUAAAUGCAUUUUUAAAAUGUAAUUUCUUUUUACUGUUAAGUGUCUAUAUUUUCUCAAAAUAAAUAAUAAACAUCUCAUUUUUAAAUUAUCUUUAACUGA